UGAUAGGAAACAGUUAGGGCGGGGGGAGAGCUGCGAGACGCGCGACAGACAUCCGCGCGGUUUAUCCCAGAGUCAGUUUUUCACGGUUCCUGGGCAUGAUGUGUCGACAACGAUAUAACAGACCGCACCUUUACAUUUUGAGGGGUCUGCCUGGAUCAAGAAAAUCAGAAUUAGCGCGGAAAAUAUUGGAUGAAAAAUACGGCGGACAUGGAGCGAUAUUCAGCACUGACGACUAUUUUAAAAACGCAAGCGGCGUCAUGGUUAACUUUGACGAAAGUGAACUGGAUUACGCCCAUGGAAUUAAUAUAAUGAAUGCAAAACGGGCUAUGCGAGACGGAAUAAAUCCUGUCAUCAUCGACAAUACCAACAUAUUUCGCUCCGAAAUGAAACCAUAUGUGAAACUGGGUCUUCGCUACGGUUACCACAUAAGAUUUCGAUUCCUGAAAGACAGCUGGAAAGUUAGUGUUGAGACUUUGCACCGACGAACCAAUGGGAAGGUGCCCUUGGAGAAGAUGAUAAAGAUGAAGAAAAAUUACGAGUUUAUUAAUGACAUUUUUGAUGUGCUGAGGAGCAGGUCCUGGAGAAGGAAGUAGACCGUUGCAGACCUGCAGACAAAAUUCUGUGUUAAAAUUUUAACUGCCUUAAAAUAGUUAGCCUUUUUUUCCGCGCCAUUACAUUACUUUUAUUUGGCAGACGCUUUUAUCCAAACCGACGUGCAGUAAGUGCAUACUGAAGCUCAUUGUAACAACUACAGAACACAAGUACAAUACUCAUUAUAUUACAGUUAUCCAUAGCCAUGAACACAUUAAGUCCAGUUCACACAGCAAGCAUAGGGUAGGUCAGAAAGUUAUGGUAAGUCAAACUAGGAGGCAUGGCGACGUAUCGUUAUUUUAAUGUUGUAGUUCAAGUUGUCUGCUGUUGCUACCCCUUCAGAUUGCACCUCAGUACAUCUACAAUGGAACGAGGUGGCAGUGUAGUAUGAUGGGUAAGGAACUCGUCUUGUUGUGUGAAGGUCACUGGUUCGAUUCCCUGGGUAGGACACAGCCGUUGUACCCUUGAGGUGCUUAACCUGCAUUGAUUCAGUAUAUAUCCAGCUGUUUAAAUGGAUGCAGCAUAAAAAUGCUAUAUAAAAUUAUCC